UGAUGUAUGUUGCUGCUGAUUUGUGGAUUAACAUUCUGUCAAAAUGACUCCCAGUCCCACACCGGGUAGUGGUAAUCUCUCUGCUGUAUUACGAUCUACGGGAAAUCUUGUUUUGGAAGACACUUCGGUUCCUCAACCAAAAGAAAAUGAGGUGCAGAUACAAAUGCACGCUGUAGGGAUCUGUGGAUCGGAUGUUCAUUACUGGACUCAUGGUCGUAUUGGUGACUUCAUCGUCAAAGCACCAAUGAUUCUUGGUCAUGAAGCCAGUGGUAUCGUGUCGGCGAUUGGAAGCAAAGUGACGUCCUUGAAAGUGGGUGACCGUGUAGCCAUUGAACCAGGUGUACCAUGUAGACUGUGUGAUUUCUGUAAGGGAGGUCGUUAUAAUCUCUGUGGUGAGAUGGCUUUCUGUGCCACGCCCCCUUAUGAUGGCAACCUAAGACGCUACUACUGUCAUGCAGCAGACUUCUGCUAUAAAUUACCUGAUCAUGUUAGCAUGGAAGAGGGCGCCCUGUUGGAGCCGCUUUCUGUCGGAGUUCAUGCAUGUAAACGAGCUGGGGUGACAAUAGGCAGCAAGGUCCUCAUUUGUGGUGCAGGCCCUAUCGGAUUGGUUAACCUUCUCACUGCCAAAGCAAUGGGAGCUUCUUCAGUUGUUAUUACAGAUCUUGAUCAGAACCGUUUAGAUAUGGCUUCUAAGCUUGGUGCUAAUCACAUCAUCAAAGUGGACACCAGGGAUGUACAGGAAAUAGUCAAACGUGUUCAUACUGCAUUGGGAGAAGAACCAAGUAUUACUAUUGAGUGUACCGGAGCACCGCCUUCCAUCCAGACAGGGAUCUAUGCAACCAAGUCAGGAGGUGUUCUUGUUUUGGUUGGACUUGGACCAGCUGAGAUCACUCUACCAGUUGUGAAUGCAGCGGUUAGAGAAGUGGACAUUAGAGGAAUAUUCAGAUAUGUUAACUGCUACCCAACAGCAUUGGAAAUGAUUGCAAGUGGGAAGGUUGAUGCCAAGCCUCUGAUCACGCAUCAUUUCAAGUUAGCAGAAUCUCUGAAGGCAUUUGAGACGGCUAAGACUGGAGAGGGUGGAGCCAUCAAGGUCAUGAUCCAUUGUGACCAAUAGCUGAUUGCUGUUGAUGUCAUGUGAUCCAUUGUGACCAAUAGCUGAUUGCUGUUGUCAUGUGACAUUGCCAUUCACAUGAACCAUCACAGGGUGGGUUGCUAUCCUUGUUAUCAAUCAAGUUCUGUACAGAAAGUGUCCAAAUGAACAGAUAUGGAAGGAUUUAUAGAACUCAGACAUUUAAAUCAUGAAUAAAACUCAGGGAAUUCAAUUUCAUCAACCAUGAUUUGUAUAAGAAAGAAGCUUGUCAACACAUCAUUAAU